GCCUCUGCAGUCGCGAGGAGACAACACUCCGAUGCAGCAAUAACAACUGCAGCUUUACAUCCCAGGACUAACGAGAACAUUCCUUGACCAGCAUUUGGGCCUUCUGCAUGAUAGGAAGUUUAACCGAAGCGUCCAGAAGGCGGCUCUGGUUCUUAUAAAACUCAAAUGGGUGAACAGUCAAUUUUUGAUAGGAUGAUGUGUAAUCUUCGUGCAACAUGCAAAUACUAUACUGGUUAUCCAAAGGAUCUUGGACCAUCACGUUUGGUUCAUUUCACGUCGGAACGUGAGUUUGUGCAACUUCUUCAUCAAGGUCAUCCUGUGGUUGUCGCAUUCACGGUCAGAGGUAAUUACACUAAGCAUUUGGACAAAGUGCUGGAGGAAGCAGCUGUUAAAUUUUAUCCUCAUGUGAAAUUUAUGAGGGUGGAGUGUCCAAAAUUUCCUGGGUUCUGUAUAUCACGGCAGAGGAAGGAAUAUCCGUUUAUUGAGAUAUUUCAUAGUCCUGAACAGGCUUCUGACCAGGGAAGAAUUGCUGAUCCUAAUAUUACAAAGUACUCUGUCAAGGUUCUUCCAUUCAAUUACGACCAAAGUGUGUACGGGUUCAGAGAAUAUUUCAAGCGCCAUGGAAUAAAGACAUCAGAUCCUGUUUAAAGUUGGCGAUGAGUAUGGUUUGCAACUUAGGUAAUCAAGGCAGCCAGUCCUCUUGUAGAGAAUGAAUAAAGUUUCUGUACAUUUCGGGUGCUCCCCUUUGUGUUCUUGAUGUAGCCAUAUCUGAAGCACGAUGAAUCUAGUGAUAAAUACUUCAAAAUUCUCUGGUUA